UCAUGGUGAGCAAGGAAGGUGGCAAAUGCAUGCUCACCAACUCAGAGUCUGACUCGGAGGCGGCACCUUUACCCUCCGCCUCGCUAGCACUGGAGGUAAACUAUUCCCUGGAAGCUAGUCGGCAGGUGAGGAAGCGAAACAAAGCCCUGCAAGUACGUUUCAAGGAUAUCUGUGAGGCGCAGAAUGAGCAACGGGAGGCGGAGCUGCAGGCAGCAGGAAAGGCUGGCAAGCCCAUCUCAUACAAAGUGGCAUAUCGCAAGUACAUGACCGUCCCUGCUCGCCGAUCCAUCCCAAAUGUCACAAAGAGCACGGUCCAGACGUCACCUGACCUGAAGAAACACUACCAGACCUUUCCAUUUGAGCGCAAGAAAGGCCACACCUUUAAACAUGUGGCAACUGUGGAAACUUACAAAGGUCAGAAUAAUGGCUUUGUCAUGGAAGUGAAGCAGUCCAAGGAUGCGCAGGGCGGAGAGGAGGAUGAGGGAGCCUGCAGGGGGAGUGGAGUCCGGCGGAUCAGGGCUCUCUAUACUAAUGAAUGCAUAGCCACAGUGGAGCAGCACACUGCACCCGAUGGCCUGUGCUCUGACACUCUGCUGCUCACUUGCUCUGCGGACACAGACUGCCUUGCAGACACAGGGAAAGGAGCCGGAGCACAGGCCGAGUACCAGCUCUGCAGUGUCCCGUCCAAAGCCAGGACCGGAUUACAAUACGGGGAGGUCGACACAGACCACUCGGCUAAGAGGCAGCUCCUGAAUCUGGAGGAGGGCUCGUCCCAAACCCUGCCGGACAGGGCCUCCAAGGUUACAGGCCCCAUUGCUUGGAACUCACUCACGCAGGUGGAGUGCCUGGACAGUCCGUCUGUGCGGAGCAAGCGGAAGAAAGGCCUGCAGCUGAACGGGCUGCAGAGUGACACCCUACCACGAUCCGGCGGGGGCUGCACAACGCAGGCACAGUGCCACACAGGACAGUUAUCUGCCCAGUCUCCGCGGGGCAUGGAGGAGCUUCUGUCACCCUUCAGGGGCGGCAAUGCUCAGUGGGCACCACCUGACGCGACGCAGGAAGCCUGCAAGCAAAUAGUGCCUAUGCAUCAGGAUGGGGAUGUUAAAGCACAGCUCCAGGCCAUGGAAAACUUAAUCAGCUCCAGUCAAGAGACCAUCAAGGUGUUGCUGGGAGUCAUACAGGAACUGGAAAAGGGGGAGGCGCACAGAGAAGGACUCUCCUAUCGAACCGGACAGGACACGGCAAACUGUGACACGUGCCGGAACAGCGCCUGCAUUAUUUACAGUGUGGAGCUGGACUUCAAGCAGCAGGAGGACAAGCUGCAGCCACUUAUGAAAAGGCUUUGUCCUGCAGAGGACUCCCAUUUCACAGCCCUGCCUUACCCGCAGGAAGCCUUCACCUCCACCCCAAAACGCAAGUCUAAAGCUGAGUCCAAGAAGCACGGCCGUUGGAAAUUUUGGUUCCUGUGAAAACAAAAGGACCAUCCCCCUCCACAACCCUUGCAUAGGAGAUCUUCAUUUGUGUUCUAAUUCUUAUUCCGUCUCCUUUUCUCUUCUCAAACACUGCAUCUCUGGCUAUUAGUAGACCUGGUAACCAGCUGUAACGCAGACCUCGGGAUACCGAUCCCCUACUCAGAGAUGUAUGACGGAAAGCAAGUGUAGAUUCUGUGGAAAUCUCAAAAUGUCAUGCUUACCAAAAAUGGAUUUUGAGUUAUUCUGAACUAAUUUCUUCAAACAAGGUGUGAAAUUACACCAGGGAAAUGGAGAUCAGCAAGGUGAGAAGACGAAUUUAAUUUCCCUCUAAUCUACAGCAUUUGCAUAUAUUUUUCUAGCUAAAGCCUAUGAGGUCCUCUUCUAUGAUCACGAUUCAUUAUCUGUCGAAUUUCUAUUCACCAUUUGGGAAUUUCUUCCAAACCUCCAGGAGAGGUUGGCAAUUCAACCACGAUACUCUAAAGGUCGACAACAACUGCAUAUCACCAUAAUGGAAAGCACAAAUAACACUGUUCAGGAUACAUUCUCUCAGAAUUAUUAACUAUUUUGAAGACUGUCUAGUAGAUGUAGAUCAUGGAUUAACUAUGAUAGAAGAAAGAACACCUGAAGCAGACCGGCCGACGUACUAUGGAAUUCUAUACUGACUUUCUAUUCAUCAUCAAAAUGUCUCCUUGAUUCAACUGGCUUUGAAGCAAAGAAUGAAUAAAUCACACCUAUUUUCAUAUUCACCUUUGCAAAG